AUGGCAACGCGUCGCAACACUUGGGCGGGGAGGCGCUGGCUGCAGGGGGAGAGUGCAGAGCCGACGGGAACGUCAGUAUCCUCGCUGACAGUCGUGCAUUUACUUAAAGUUCACCGCGUCGGGCCAGCGGUGCACCAUGAGCGGGGGCAAGGAUGAUCCGGAGAGCCAGGCCCAACUGGACAGAGCAGGCUCCUCGCAUUACCUAAGUAUUUUAAGCAGCUUCACCCCGGAGGAAUCGUUGACUGACUGUGAUCCUGGUAAUGAAAAUGAAUACAACAGCAGCACCAGCGAAAUCAGCUUGUGCCUCUUGGAUUCUUCUGCUGAAAGCUUUGCUACUCCCGAACGCCCACCAACGUCAGUUUUGACACAGACAGAUUCUAGCUGGCUUCUCAGCCGCCGUCUCAGAGAAACCGCUCAAGGCGAACAUUUAGACACACAUGAAGAGAGAGGUGGACAGGAAUCAGCAUCUGAUGGGACUGAAGCCUCAGAAAAGGAGAGUGAUUCAAUCCUGGAAGGUGAUCUUAGUGACUCAACUUCAAAAGAGAGCCUUGAGGACCUCAUUGUUCAUACUGAGUUUAUUGAUCAACUAAAACCUGGCAGGUUUGGAUCUUGCCUUUACACGCUGCCCAGCAUUGGACUACCUACCAUUCUGGCUUAUAAAUACGAGUCCAGAGAGAAACCAAUAGACUACAAAGCUUUAAGCCCAAAGGUAACGGAGAUCCAGUUACAAAAGGUUAGCGAACUUGAUGGUGCUGAGGAUUAUUGGCAGUGGACCAGGAACAGAGCAGAAACCAUUGGAGUUACCCAUUGUCAAUUUUGUGGAAAAAUUUUAAAGCCCCUUCCGACACACAGGCAAAAGAAUGGAGGGACAUCCAAAAUGCUCUUUUGCUGUAAGCAGUAUCAAGAGUUGUCUGAGUUCCUUAUGGAAGAGGAGGAGCUGCUGCACUUGAAAUCUCAGUCAGAAGUGAUUGAUAUCUCACCUCACCUUCCACAUAGCAGUUUCGUGGAAAGACAACAAGCCAAGGAAAAAUCGGCACUGAGGCUACAUAAGAGAACAAUGGAAAAAUAUCUCAAGAAAGCAAAAGAAACUGAACACAAACUAAGCAGUGGAUCAAAAAGACAUACAACAAUUACCUUUCAGUUAUCAACUUCGUUGGAUGUGGAAAAAUUAAAAAAGCCGAGAGAGGAAGAAGAUGAAUGGGAUAACAUUUUCACAGAAGUAGUGGAUGAUACAUUCAGUUGGCAUAAGGAUCUACCACUCUCUUUCCUGGUGAAGAAUUACAAGAACGGGAAUAAGUUUCUAACAACCUUUGCAGAUGGAACAGCUCAGAUAUUUUACCCCUCUGGAAACCUGGCGAUCCUGAUUUUUACCGACAAGGAAAGGAAAAUUACCUGCAUCGUGCAGGAGGACAGAGCUGCUGAUCCAGCCAUUCGGGCAGUCUUCACCUCCUUUGGAAGGUGUACUUGCUAUCAUCCAAAUGGCGUGGUCUGGGUAAAUACUAACGCUUUCGGAGGACAUUAUGCAGAUGAACAGGGCACUCGGCUGAGGCGAUGGUUCUGGCGAGACCCUUCAUCCCCACUUACCUUCACACCUUUUAAACCGCUUUUCAUCUCUCUGAACGAAAACAUCGGCGUCAGGAUUAUCGAACAACAGCGGAUUUUUCUUACUUUUUUGGCAAUGGGAAAACAAGCAAAGUUCAACCUAGGAUCGAUGCUGAAGUUUAAAACACCAACCAUGCAAAGCAUUACAAACUCUUGGAUGACAGAGGCUGACCUUCUCCUUCAGACCAGCUGGUUAAAAGUUCAAACAAUAAUCAACAAGUUGUGUGUUGCUCUGAACUUUCCAAGCAACGACCCAGAGAAAAUUGCACUUCCACUUUACCUUGUAACCCGACAACAAAAGCUCUCCCAACUCUAUGCAAGUAUUAAGAUGGAAGAAAGCAUUAACAUGGAAAAUGUUGCCUGAAAGAAGUUGCAGUCAGCGGAGUACAA